AUGAUUGGCAGCGUGUUUUUCAUAUUCAACCGCCUGGUUGAGAUCGUCUUCCUGAUCCCAAUCAUUGGCAUGCUGGCCUACUUUGUCGACGGCUACUUAAAAGCAAAUCAGCUGACCCCACCCUACAUCUUGGUCCUGUUCAUCGUCAGCGUAAUCGCCAUCUUCUGGGCCCUCGACACGCUAAUCCGCUUCUCAACAACAAAGCGAUCUGCGAUCUUCGUCGCAUUCGUGGACAUGGUCUUCUUCGGCGCAUUUAUUGCAUCCGUCUACCAGCUUCGCUUCAUUGCAAAUGCUGACUGUGCCCACUGGAAUGGUGGCUCCGUUUGGAUCUCCCUAGGUCCAUUCGGGUCCUUCGGCCAGCGCACAGAUAACCCGCUGUCACUGGAUGUCAAUAAGACUUGCGCCAUGCUCAAGGCCUCCUUUGCAAUUGGUAUCAUGGAGACGGUAUUCUUCUUCUGGACUGCGCUCAUUGCGCUGUUCUUGCACCACUCGCAUGACAAACGGACUGUCGUCAAGGAGACAACGACUGUUCGGAGACGCAGCCAUUCCAGCCGUCGCGGUCAUGGAUCUGGUUCCCACUCGCGUCAUCGUAGCUCGAGCCGCAGGCCUGCGCCUUAUGUCGUUUGA